AUGAAUUCGUUAUUUUUUUCAGAUUGUGUUGAUAUGCGGAGUUUGGGAGGCGAUUAUUAUUAUACAUCUCAAGGUCAAAGAGAAGUUUGUGGGUUAUAUUUAAUUGGCGAUCCAGAUACACUUGUUGAAGUAGAAAUAUCUUUAGAUAUACAGUGUGACCUAUCUAAUAUUGUGGCGGUAAUAGAUGGUUGGGAACUUCAUGGCGAAUAUUUCCCAAGUCCAUUAGACCAUAGUAAAUCCUUAGAUGAUAGAUAUAUAGAUUUAUGCCAUGACAAUAAACCACAUAAAAAAUACCUCAGUUCUCAAAAUGUCGCCUUAAUUCAGUUCCUGAUACCUUCAGAAGGUCAGGGUUUUCGUGUUCGAAUAAACUUCGUUCGAAACCCCGCACCAUGUAAUGCUAUAGCGAUGGGCAAAUCGGGAGAAAUAACUCUGAAGAACUAUGGAAAGAAAAGUAAUUGUUCUGUAUCUAUUAUUUAUCCUGAAAAGAUAUACCUAGUAAAUGUAGAUAUUGGUGUAUCAUCGGAGGGGGGUAACAUUAAAACUAAAUCUGGCCUCUCUUGUACCAGUUCAGAAGGUAGAUCAGAUUACGUAGAAUUUCUAUUUGGAGAUGGUUUGGAUACUGAUCUCAUGAGUAGGAAGCUGGCAUUUUGUGCAAAACAUGGAAUGGUCAUGGGAUGUCAGCAUUCAGUAGUGAGAUUGGUUUCUAGUGGUGAUUAUUAUAACUCCAUCACAUUCGCAUUCCAACCACCUAGUAACGAGGAUCUACAGAAGAAUCUCGACAUCUGCUCAUAA